UCAGUUGUGUUUUUAGCUACUGAAAGAUUUGCAAAGAUGUUUGAUCGUAAACCAAAGAAAAUACAGAUCGCUCCUGAAAAAGUUGAGGGAGAUCAGAGCUUCAAUGGACGAGUCAACGUGUCAGAAGCUCCCGCCACCAGGACCUCUGCAGAGAGCCGCACUGGGAGGACUCCCUGGUGGUCCAGGCUGUUCAGACGCAGUCAGAAUGAAGACACAAGUCCACCAGAGACUUUGAAAGAGCCAACGAAGAAGUCGUCGUCUUUCUGGAGACUGUUUAGCUGCUGCAGGAGAAAAAGUCGCGUGGCUCCCAGUGUUGAAGAUGAAGAUCAACAGCAGCUCCUUCAGCCCGACGGCUCCGUCCAAGCUGAUGAAGUGGUGGAGUUUAAAGGACUCACUGAAGAAGAAGAGAACGAGCUGGAAGAAACUAAGAAGGAGGACGAGAAAGCAGCUCCCACCGUGCCUCAGCAGACAGAUUUUGCGUCCCUACUUGAAGACGCAGUCGUCAAGGUCUUGUGCCAGAAACAGACCCAGCAGAACCAGAACAGACCCGUGAAAACUGAAGCUGGGACCCGACAGCCCAUCAGCUCCACCCAAGUCGACAAAGUGGUGGAGUGUAAAGAACUCAGCAAAGAAGAGAAGGAUGUGUUGAAAGAAGACAAGAAGGAGGACAGGAAAGCAGCUGCCACGGUGCCUCAGCAGCCUGAAUCUGGAGACAAAGUCACCAAAGUGGUGCACCAGAAAGCAACUGUCAUCAGACCGUGGAGCCUCAGAGUUCAACACAUCUCCUGGCUCGGAUUUCCCAACCCGCUCAACAACUGCUACAUGAACUCCAGCCUGCAGAGUCUGAUCACACUCGCAGGCUUCAUCAGAGACGUCAACUACCAGGAGGACGCGUGGAGUUUGAUUCCUGAGGCUGAGCUGAUAAGCCGUUUUAUGAACAUUGUGAGAUGUCACGGCUCCAGAGACGGCCACCACAAGCUGCGGGCCCUCGACGUCUUCAAGAGGACCGUCUCCAUCCUGGCCCCUGAAUUUGCCGACAACGGCCAGAAAGAUGCCCAUGAGUUCAUCACAACCGUCCUGGGUCAGAUGAGGACUCUGGCUGCACCGCUGCAGGAAGUCGCAGCCUUCGUGGGAAACAGCUACUGCUGCCCUGUGGAGAAGAACCUGGUGUUUAAGAUGCAGAACACCAGGACAUGCAAAAGGUGUGGAGCUCAAUCCAUCAGAGAGGAGGAGUUCACCAACCUUUCUCUGGACCUGCUCCCUGGUGCCUCAGUACAGGUAAUGAUCCAGAACUACCAGAAGGAAACACAGCUGGAGUUUAAAUGUGAAUGUGGAGGCAAGACAUCAGGCCAGCGCUCCACCUUCCUGACCCUGCCCAAAGUCCUGAUGUUACAGAUAAAGAGAUUCACCUUCACUCCGUGCUAUCAGCUGGUAAAGCUGCAGGACCCCGUCGACCUCUUCAGGGAGCUGAUGGUGACCUCCACACAGGCGGAGGGCUUGUACAGCCUGGUUAGUGUCAUCAGCCAUUUAGGCACCAGAGGAAACAGUGGACACUACGUCAGUGACGGCGUGCACCCGGACCAGGACAUGGGUGGUGCAGGUGACCGCUGGCUCCACUAUAAUGACGCCCAGGUCACGGAGACAACCAGGCGGGCUGUCUGUGAGCAGCGUCAGAGGACAGCCUACAUCCUUUUCUACCAGAGACGGAUGUAGGCUGCUCUGGGAAUGGGGGGACUUACCGGUCCCCCCAGCCCUGAGGAGGAAGGGUUCCCCCAGAGAGUCUGGUCCCUCUCGAGGUUUCUGCCACGGCAGUUUUUCCUCGCCACAGUCGCCGACGCCUUUGACCAAAUCAGAACUCGUCUCCCGCAAAUCACGAGACGACUUGGUCGGCAUGGCUUGCUCUCUGGGUAGUAAAAAAGAUAGAUAGGGCUACACGGUGGCGUAGUGGCCUCACAGCAAGAGGGUCUCAGGUUUGAAUCCGGCCUGCGGCUCUUCUGUGUGGAGUUUGCAUGUUCUCCCCGUGUCAGCGUGGGUUCUCUCCGGGUACUCCGGCUUCCUCCCAUGGUCCUAAACAUGCAGCUUAGGUUCAAUUAGUGACUCUUAAUUGGCCGUAGGAGUGAAUGGGAGCAUGAAUGAUUGAAUGUCUCUAUGAAUGAAUGAAUGAAAAAAUAUAUUGUAAAUAGUAGUUACAUUUUUUUAAUUAAUAUU